AUGGAGCUUGCAUUGCAAGAAUACAGGACCGCCACCAACAUGACUGAACAAUUUGCAGCUCUAGCAGCUAUAGCUCAGAAACCUGGUAAAACUCGGGAUGAUGUUCUUGCUGACUUCUAUAGCAAGUGGCAGCAUGACUUCUUGGUGGUGAACAAAUGGUUUGCCCUUCAAGCUACUUCAGACAUAUCUGGGAAUGUUGUCAACGUUCAGAACCUCGUAAAUCAUCCAGCAUUUGACCUGCGCAAUCCAAAUAAGGUGUAUUCGCUGAUUAGAGGAUUUUGUGGGUCGCCUGUUAAUUUCCGCACAAAAGAUGGGUCAGGCUACAGAUUCUUAGGAGAAAUGGUGGUAAAGCUUGACAAACUGAAUCCGCAGGUUGCCUCUCGCAUGGUGUCAGAAUUCUCGAGAUGGAAGUGUUAUGAUGAAACCCGGCUAGGCCUUGCCAAGGUACAGCUGGAGAUGAUCAUGUCUACCAAUAGACUCUCGCAGAACGUUUUCGAGAUUGCCUCGAAAAGCUUGGCUGCUUAA